AACGUUUUUCAUUAUUAAACAUUCUAGCAUAUACUUUUUCCGCACACAGCUUGCAACACACUUUUCAAAUUUCCCACCUGAACGCGAAAUCGAUUUCAUAUCCAUCAGAGGGAAUAAUGGAUUGCUAUGACAAAUUGCAGCCUAAAUCACAGGAGGGUCCAGCUUCAAACCCAUUGAAGGUUUCGCUGCUCAAGAAAGCAAGGCAUUGCCCGUGCGGUCCCCCUCCAGGGCGACAGAGACAAAAGACAACUUCGGCUGGUGAUUUCAAGGAUGUAGUUAAAGAUCGUAUAUUCAAACUACUCUCUUGUUUACCUGCACCUUAUACAAGACCGCCAAUAAGACCACAGAACACCACAAGUGGAUACAGCAAGACGGACUUCACGUUUCUGACGUUCCCAGUCAAAUUGUGGAAUAUCGUCGAAAGUGAUGCGUUUCUGUCGGUGUGGUGGACCGUAGGCGGGACUGCUAUCGUAAUCGACCAGGAGAUGUUCAAAAAAGAAAUUUUGGAGAGAAAUGUUCCACGGAUUUUUGCUUCAAGAAAUAUGAAACAUUUCCACCAGCACUUGAAGUUCAAUGGCUUCAUUUCGACAGAGUUUGACAAUACUGGUGAUCAAAAUCAAAGCCAGUUAAACUCUGUGAAAAAAAUGAAGCUUCAGAUUUUCUCUAGCCCCUACUUCCGGAGGGACCAUAAACAUCUACUGGGCUACUUUGAGGGUCAAGAGGUCAAAAUACCUGCUGGAGAGGAUGGAAAGGACAAAGGAGCUGGAUGUUUCACAGGUGACUCUGGAAGGCAGGUCACUGGUUCUCCUGUUCCAGCCCCACCACCCUCCAGGCCCUCUGUCUCAUCUUUCCACCUGACAUCCUUCCCUGCCAGCCCAGAGAGAGGGACUCAGGCUGGGGAGACGCCAAGGCAGCUCAGCAUUGGGGAAAACACCCCUGCUUCUGAAGUGCCAAGCUUCUCGCAAAACUUGCAGUCCCAGGUCUAUUUGGACACUGUGGACCAGCUGAAGCGUUUUCUGAGCUCUGGCGCGUCCCAGCGUGACCCCGAGCAGGCCGUGUCCACACUGAUGGCAACUAUAUUCGGCCAUGAGAUGAUCUGGAUGAAUGGUGCGUCCACUUAUACCCCGCUAUCUCCAGGCUAACAGACAGAGCUUUUGAAUCAAGUUACAUACACACUCACUCACACACACACACACACACACUCAAACUCACACUCACACAUGCACAGAGAGAGAGUGAGAGAGAGGCCUGUCAUUGAUACAUAGGCCUGUAUUUUUUAUGUAAUAAAAAAAAGAGCUUUAUAAGA